GUCUGGGUCGGUCAGGCUUCCGCAGUUCAGGCGUUCACAGCCCUGGCCACCGCCAAUCUCUAUGUCGUCUUCGUGCUCUCCUCCCAUUCCGCCGCUCGGGACCGCCCUUCGCCCACUCUCCUCGCCGGAGCCGAUUCUCGAGUCUCGAAUUUCUUCUCCUCUCCUCUUAUCUUCUUCUUUUUAGAUGGAAAAUUUAACUCGUAGAACCAUGUACCCAUGGAACCAUGGACCCACACUGCUCCGCUAUGGCCUUCUUCCCACCAUCAUCUCUUUUGCCCCGGGCUCCUCCCCGGCCGUCAGCACAGCCGCUAUAUGAAGGCUCUUUCCAUUCUCCGGAAUCAGUUCUUGGAUGUCGCUAAAGAAGCCUUGGCCUGAGAUCUCCCUUCGUAUCCUCGCUUUCUCCUCGUCAUGUAGGAGUAUCCGUGGGGAUUUCGCUUCUACUCUUCUAGCACUGCUAUUUCUUUUCUCCUUAUUCUUCUUAGCCUUCUCCUUCUCAUUCUCUUCUUCGUCUGUGUAUAUUUGAAACUGAGGCGACGAUGAUGGGUGACUCGUCAAGGGUUCUUCUUCUUCUCCUCUUCAUUGCCGUGGAUGUAUUCUUUUCUAGCAAGAGGCGAGGCAGCUCUGGAAGGUCUGCUGUUCCGCAGACAAACGACCUGCAGAAUUUGCUAGCUGGGCGAGUCAUCCGAGAAGAAGGAGAAGAAGAAGAGAAGGAAUGAUCUUUCCCUCUCAUUGAAUCAAGAAUCCCCUCUAGGCCUUCAAACCCUAGGUCUCUGGCUGCUUUUCUUUCUCACUAUUGGCUGGUGGUCUUCUUCUUCCUCGUGGGUAUGGAGCUUGAAGUCGUGCCUCUUUCUCUCAUUCUUCUUUUCUUUCUUCUCGCUGGAUUUUAUUCUUCUUCUUGUUAUCUGGUCUUAUAUGAGGAGGCUGUGGUGAUUCUUGAACGAGGAUUUUGCUACAUUAUCAAGUGGAAACAUGGCUUUUCUAAACGGUGAGGCAAACUUGGACGGUUGUUUGUUGUUCUUGUGAAGGCAACAAUUUGCAGCCGUUUCAAUCUGAGUCUCCUUUUCCUUUUCUUUGAUUUUCUAGUUUCUGGGUUUUCUAAAUUUUUUUUUAUAAAAAAAAUAAUUCUUGUCAUACAUUCUCUUUUCUCCUGCUGAGCACAGGAAACACAACCAGCAAAUGGAAAAAUAAUUCAAAUACUCACCAGAUGUUUUCCUUUCUGAUUUGCAUAAGAAUUGAUGGCUUAGAAGUAUGGUUUUGCUUUUGUGGAUUAGAAAUAUGCUACUGCUUAAGGAUUAAAAUACAAUGCCAAGUGUCAAACUGUAAUUUGCAGAUCAUGGAAAUGGUACAAAGAGGGGAAAAACCUCCUAACAUCAAGGGGAUUAAUGACAUGCCUUCCAACCCUAGUCAGCAUAUACCAAGACCUCUUUAUGGCACCUGGACUCAAGCCAUGGGAACACACUCAGCAGGCUCAGCAAAGGCCCAUUGAUGGCCUCCGAUCCCAAGCAAGCAGGCAAAGGUUGAGUUCCAAAGUAAAAAGGGAGAUCUCCCAACUGAAUGGGAGAUGUUUUGAUGGUUCAGAGCCUUGGGGAGAAAGAAGUUUUGAAGAAUACAGAAAUAGAAUCUGAAGCAGAAAAAUCAAGGUAGUUCUCUUACCAAACUAGAGCCAAUGAACAUCCAAACUGCCGGGUUUGGGUCCCACCACAGCCCCCGGCAGUUGUGAUGCCAGAAGCUCCAGUCAAAUCAUCCAUUCAGGAGCACGAGUCUGAUGAUGAGAGGUCGACAGCUCUUGCCGACAAUGGAGAAGAUAAAAACCCAGCAUGUAUUGCAGCGGAGUGCGGACUCGGAAUUCCCACCUCCCACGUGGCCGCCCAGGGGCGCACCUUGGGAUGCAUAGGUGGCAUCGUAUUCGUGGGGACGGCGUCGUCGUCACCUAAACACCGUCGUUUUUCGUCCACCACGCCUGCCCACCUUCGGAGAUGACGUCCCCUCGCGGUUAUCCAAAGCCGCCCCGACUCGCUCUCUCUUUCACGCCUCCUCUGCUCUUUUCUCCCCUUCUUUUCCUCUUUCGCAGAAAAGAUUCCAUUCGUCGUACACAUGCUCUGCGUUCAUGCCUGCCACAGAGAAGAGAGAGAGAGAGAGAGAGAGAGAGUACCGUGUGGGAAAACCAAGAAUAUAGAUGCAAAUUGAUUAAGAUUCUGGAAUAAGAUGGUAUUAUCAGUAGAUGAUCGGUUCCCGUUGUCAUUCUACUUCAGAAUCGCCGGCCAGAUCGUAAAACAAGCCAAAAGUUUAUAGGGACGAAGGGAAUUUGGAUGAUCUUUACCCGACCCUUAAUCGAUACUUAGGAUUGAUGUCUGAGAUUAUUCCUCAGCACCGGAGUUUCUCAAAGUACGCCAAAAAGGAAAAGCUUCACCACAAGAAGAUUCUGCACGAAUUCUCCAAAGAACUUGAAAAAUUGAAGACACUCUUUGGUAGAAAUAAUAAUGAGACUGGCAGUCAGCUUACAAGGAGGUCUAAGGAUAGUAAAGAUGAUUCCAGUUUGACAUCUCAAAAAUGGAUUGAGAACAAUGACGAGAAGGCAACAUACUGCAGGUCAAUCAGAACAUGUGAUAGUGACAGUUUUGAUAGCAAUGCCUUCAUGGAUAAUAUCAACCUGGAAUCUGGGAUUGCAGUAGAUGCAAAUAGUACUUGCACACCUUUGCAUGUCUCCUUUCCAAUGGCUCGUACAGCAGUGAGAGAUCAUGAUAGCACAUUACAUGCUGUUGGGCAGUACUCUCCUUCUCCUGCUGUUUCUUGGAUAGAAGAUCUUCCACUUGUUGGCCAAGUUUCUCAUGUCAUCUUUCCUGAAACGACAAAUGAGCAUUUGGUCCCUGUAUGCGGAGAGUCUUCAACAUCGACUGGUAUUCACAACAUGCAUAUAUCAGCGAGAUUGAUGGAAGAAUUUAUGGAACUUGCUAAAGACAAUACAGACAAGAACUUAGAGACUUGUGGGAUCCUUGGUGCUUUCCUUAAGGAUCGGACUUUCUAUGUAACCACGCUAAUAAUACCAAAGCAGGAAACAACUUCCAGUUCAUGUCAGGCAUUAAAUGAGGAGGAAAUACAUGCCAUAUUGGAUGAACAGUCCCUCUUUCCAGCAGGAUGGAUUCAUACGCACCCUUCUCAAACUUGCUUCCUAUCAUCAAUAGAUUUGCAUACUCAAUACUCUUACCAGGUCAUGCUACCAGAGGCUGUUGCUAUUGUUAUGGCUCCAACAGAUCCUACAAGGACUUCUGGUAUUUUCCGGCUAACUGACCCAGGAGGGAUUACUGUCCUAAAAGAAUGCGAGGAAAGGGGUUUCCAUACUCAUCCAGAAACUGCUGAUGGCAGUCCCGUUUAUGAGAACUGCUCCAAUAUUUACAUCAAUCCAAAUUUGAGGUUUGAGAUUAUUGAUCUCCGAUCUGCUUCCCCAUGACAGAUGUUAUAUGCCAUUGACAUGCGGAUGUAUAGUUGUAUAUAUGUAAAUUGACUUGUAUCAGAAGGUGUUUCUUCAAGGUUUUGUUUCACAAGGUGAUGGAAGACGUGUGAGAAUCCGCUCUUAUACCUGACGAUAAAUACAGAAAGCCACAUCUGCAUGGAUGUAUUUAAGUAUGCAUGGUAAGCUGGUAGUGUACUAAUGUGUACAUAGAGUAGUAUCAUCUUGUUUUCUAUUGCAAAGAUGGCCUUGCAAAUUGGCGACACAUGCAGCAGGUUAUGACAUUUUGAUUCUGUGGAUAAAUGUUUCUUACAUAAAUUAUUAGUUAAUAAUGGUAGAUAUCCACAGUUUAUUUUUUACA